CAAACUUUCGUUAUCAGAUCAAUCUAAAAUUGUCCUGUAAAAACACAAGAUCAUGGUCCGAACAAAAGCUGAUAAUAGCAGCGCUGCAUCGAGGAAAGUUGUGGCUGCACGAGCCCCUAGGAAAGUACUGGGAAGCAGUGCCAGUUCUGGAUCAUCUGUGUCAGGAGAUUCCCCAUCAGGUAAAGGAAAAUAUGCAGGAGGUAAUCCAGCCUGUCCGAGACCAACACCAGAUUGGCAAAAAGGAAUUGGCAUGUUCUUAAAAAAGUCACCUAGUAAAUCAACAGAAAAGGAGAAUUCUGACCCUACUGAUGUUGAUACAGUAGAAAGAAGCAGUGGUUCUGCUGGACCCUCCUCUAGUAAUACUGAAAUUGAAGAAGAUGGUGAUUCCUGAAACAUAUAAGGAAUAACCUAUCACCAAGAAAAGACUUGAGCAGCUAUAUUUGUAUACUCUGGUCACAUAUGAAAGGAAGAUAUCGACAACCAUUGUGUGUUCACAAAAGGGAAGGCAGAAUUUAAAAAAAAACAUUGUGAGGUUAUACAAGGCUUAUCAGUCUGGACAAGCUUUGUGUGGAUAAGAUAAGAGUAAUUUACAGUGAGAUGGAGUUUAAAAUUACCAACAGGAGAGACAAAGAAUUACUAUAUCCUAUAUAAUAUGUCAUCUUUUGUAGGUAUACUCCAUACAUUCUUUCUAGUACAACCUCAAGAUAUUUUGUGAAGGAAAUACUAGUGAUGUCAAAGAUUCACAUGUAACAAAUCUUUUAUUCAUGUACAGAGUAAAGCGAUUGGUUGAAUUAGGUUCUUUUAUAAAUAUUUUUUGACAUUUGUCAACAAAUCAGAUUAUGCAUUUAAAUACUUCCUGGGAUUGUGGUGUACUGUUAGAGAUUGGUUCACUCAUAUAUAAGUACUCCUACAUACAGAGUUAUGUCCCUUCAGUUAUUUUUUAUCGGAAUGAAUGAAGAUCACAUGCUUUCAAAAUUCUUUAUAAAUGCCAUCAUGCACCAUCUGUUGAAAUAUCAUAUACAUAAUAAACAUAUUUUUAAAACCAUAAUUCUUCACCCAUCACUAAUAUAUCUUUCACCUUUUCAACGUGAUUGUCUAGGAUUUCAAAAGGAAUGAAAGAAAUAAAAAUUUAUGUGUUUUAUAAAAAGACUGAAUGCUUUCAUUUGAAGAGAGUUGACACUUCCUUUCAUUUAUAAGUUAUGUACAAACUUAUAUUAAUAAAGAUAUGUACUAGAAUUUAUUGAAUGAACAUGGUGUAUAUGCAUGUAAAUGAUAAAGAAUGGUGUAUGUUAAUAUGUUAAAGUAUUUCUGUAUUUUGUUCAAAAUUGAUACCUUUAAACAUUGUAUGAUGAAGGAAGAAGUUUAUUAUUAUACUUUUGCAAUUUUUUCAAAAUGUAUGUGGAAAUGUUUUUUCCAGUCCAUAUAUCUCGCCUAAAUAAUAACUUAUUAGGAAAUUUUUUAAUAAAGUUUAAUAAAUCUUAUAUUGUUAGCUAGAGCUGAAACGAAUGUUCGCGAAUGACUUGUUGACCAAAUAUCAAAAUAGUGGAAUGGUAUUGGAAUGUUCGGUACUUUAUUUACCUCCCUUUAUGAAUUACGGAAAAAAAAUUGCAGCUAGGUUUGUAAGCAUUUUCAGCUGAAUUCUAACAAAUCUAAAGCUGAAUGUAAACUAUACUUGUUAUUUUUAUCAUACAAAGCAACUAUGUCCAACCUAACGAAGCAUUUCUGUGGCAAACAUCCCGUGACUAUUAGGUAAGUUUCCAUUGAAAACGUCAAGCUUCUCCGGUUCAGCAGUCACAUUUAUAAAUCAACAAUUCGGAUGUAAACAAAAUGCAAAACAUAUGAAUGAUAUGCUAUAGAAAUAUUUCUAACCUGAAAUUGUAAACAAAUGCGAAAAUCUGUUAAAGUAAAGAAAAGUGAUUGAGGCACAUGACAAUGAUUUACUGUACCUAAAGAUCAGAAUGUGUUAAGAAUUUGAGAAAAGAAAUCUGCUGCUAAUUUUGUGAUGUUGGGUCAAUUAAGUAGUUUUGCAUGUAUAAUACUCUUUAUGGAAUGGUUUCUUACAAGCUAUUUCUGAUGUGUCCAAUUCCGACUUCAAUACUGCAAUAUUUGUCAUUGUCAUUAAUUACACCUACUACGACAUACCUAGUUAGAAGUGCCCAAUUUAAAAAGGAAAUUUUUUCCCAUGCAGACGAUUUUCGUCCCUUUACACGGUCGCUUUUUGCUGGUAUGUUAAUGUAUGGCAUUGUCAUACAGACCCACUGUAGGGAACAUAAGUCUUAGGCUAUGAUUCUUCUCUUGACAAUAUGACAGGCACAAGCAGGUAGGACAGCCUACAGGACUGUCAUUUAAUGAGUCUUUGAAUGAUGUUUUAAAGUUAAUGAUCUAUGUAUGGUUCAUAUCAGAGGUUACACUUUCAACUUAUUUAUGUUCUAGACAUUGGUAAUAAUGCAAUAUUAAUUCAGCUUGUAAAUCAUGAAUCCAGCUGAAUAAAUGAAAAAUAAUUACAUUUUCAUAAUUGUCAACAUAAAUGCACGAAUAUUUGAAUACAUCAAACAAAUAUUUGAAUACCAAAAUCAACUAUUUGUUGCAGCUCUAUUGUUAACCUGAAGGGCCAAGUGUACUUAUGUCGUGGUUGUUCAUCUGGUGUCAAUUUUUCCCUUAAGACUACCUCUUUUGGAUAGCAAAUGGACCAAAUGUUUUGAUGUUUGGCAGGCAUGUUUCCAGGAUGAAGCCCUAAAAUUAAAUUACCUUAACUAAUAUUCAAGGUCACUGGGGUUAAUGUGUUAAAGCCUUUAAAUGGUAUCUCAUGAACUACAAGGCCUGGAGGCAUGAUAUUUGUUUGGUAUAUAUUUACACCAGGUGUGUGCUGCAGGCCCAUUGGGCCUCUUAUCAAACUGUUUGAAACAUAUUACUUGUAUGUGUAAUUUAGGAUGCAUAACAUCAGCAAA